AUGAUAUUAAGAUCAUAACAGGAAGAAGUUGAACGUAGGAGAUAAGAGAUGGAUAGAAAAGAUUAAGAAAGGAAAGAAUUUCUAGCAUAACAAUAAAGAGCAAAGUUAAUGGAAUCUGAGUAGAAGCGAAUAGAGAAGGAAAGAAAAAUAUAAUAGGUAAGAGAAAAAGAAGAAGAAAUUUUAAGGCAGCAAAGGAGAAUGUUUACAGAAAAAGAAAGGUAGGCUGAAGAACAAAGAUUGUAAUUUGAGAGAAGAAGAGAAUAAGAAAGACUUGAGAAUGAAAGGAUGGCACAAGAAAAGUAAAGAUAAAUUGAAUUGGUAAAAAAAUAAAAUGAGAUGAUUGAAGAAUAAAGAAAACAGGAAUUCUUAAGGAGUCAAUAAAUUGCUGAAGAGAGAAAAAGAUAAUUAGAUGAAUAGGCUGAAUAGUAAAGAAAGUAAAGACAUUAAAUGGAGUAAGAGAAAAAUAAAUAUCGAGAAGAAGUUAUUCACAACAUGGUAAGUAUUGAAGAGCAAAGAAAAAAAUAGAUUAUUGAUAAAAGAUAAAUGACCGAUUACAAAGUAAAUAUGACACAGUAGCAAAGAGAAGAGUAGCAUAGAUUAAGAAAAGAGCUAGAAAAUCUAAAAAGAAACGAUCGAAAAGAAACAGUUGAAAGAAUUUAGAAAAUAUAGCAAUAUCAAAGAGAAAAAGUCCUCGAGAAAAUUAUUGGGGAUGACAUAAGAUCACAAUAACUCAAAGCAGAAAAGGAAGCAUUACUGAUAGCUAGAGGAGAAAUGAGAAAGUAAGCUGAUUUGCAGAAGUAACAAAUGAUGGAAAUGUUUGAAAAGAUAAAAUUAAAAGGCAAAGUGAAUAAAGAGAUGAGUAAGCUUGGACCGGAUGCUGGAAAUUCAAUGUCAUAAGCAGGUUUUUCAUCACCAUAACCUCAGUUUAAGACAAUGAGUUUUCAUAGAGGAAGAGAUGGAUCUCUAAGCACACAGAAUUUAAACAACUAGGAAUAAGGAUUCCGAAUAAAUCACAAUAGAAAUAAAAAUAAAUCAAUGAGAAAGAAAGCAUCAAGAUAAGAAUCUCAAAAAAUGAUUGAAUAGCUUAGAUAAAAGCAUAAUAGAGAACUGCUCUAAGUUUUAGAGGAAGAAUAAAGAUCAGAAGCUGAGAGAGAAUUCAAGCUUAGCUAAAUUACCGAUGAAAAUGAAAGAAAAAGAUUGGAGAAAAUCUUUGGCAUAGAGAGAGCUAAAGCAUCUGAAAGAAUAGUAAGCAAAAGCUCCGAUCAUGAGAGAAUUCUAAAUGAAGAAAUGGACAGACUAGGAGUCUUUUGA